GGAAAGCAGGAAUGCCAGAGGAAGAUGGUCUGCCAGGACCACGAGGAAUGCCAGGACCACCAAGUCAACAUGGUAAGCCAGGUAUCAGAGGAGAAAAGAGGCCAAAAGGACUGAAAGGUCAACGAGGACACAAGGAACUAUACGGGAUAUGA